CUACGGACUAUAUUGAAAAGAUUGGGAGGAUUACCUGAAUUGCUGGAAUCUAAUUUCUCUGAAGAAUCUAAGAAAAGGUUUAACGAAACUCUUAAAGAGAGUUCUGGUACUAAUGUGACUGUCCAAAAGCUUAGUAAAAAUCCAUCGAGGUCUUUCGAUUCACAACCUAAAAAAACCAUCGAGGAAGAAAAUGAAUUGAUUGGUAUGCUAACAAAACAAUUAUAUCUUGCAACCAAUCAGAUUAAAAAAAUUCAGUCGAUGUUUUUAAAAGCAGAAGAGCGAUUAAAAUUGAAGGAUCAAGAAAUUGGGACCUUAAAACGCAAGAACAAAGAUUUACAGACAAAAAUUAAAAUUCAGAUUUCAAAUCGUAAGAAGGAAGAGCAACAACGUCAAACCCAGAUUGUAAAAUCGGAUUAUCUUUUCAAAAGAUGUCGGACUUUGGAAAAUAGAAUGUUUGAAAUGGAGAAAUUUCUUGCCGAUUAUGGUUUGGUAUGGGUUGGAAACCAAAACAGCAAAUCUAAUCUUAUGGAGUCAUUUUCACAAGAUUACAUACAGAGCUGUUAUAGUCAAUUGAAGACAAAUAUUGAGGAACUUAAUAUUGCAGCAGGUAAAGAUGAAGUUCAGGUACAGCACAAUCAGGAUGGUGCUGGUGCAAUGUUCAAAAUGCCAAAAUGCAUGAAUCUAAAGUUCUACAAGAAUGGAUUGAUAGUUGAAGGAGGCCGAUUACGUUCCUACAGCGAUCCACUGACGCAAUGCUUUAUUCGAGAUAUCUUAGAUGGGUAUUUUCCUUCGGAAUUUAAAAACAAUUAUCCAAAUGGGGUACCUUUGAAGGUCGAAGACCACAGGAAGGAAACUUACGUCGGAGAUGGAGCUGAUUUUCCAGGCCAUGGCUAUCGAUUAGGAAAGCAAUCUCUCUUUAAUUUUGAACCAUGGACUUCAUUCAAUAAUUCUGCGAAUUCCUGGCCCGGAUCAGCCCGUAAGAGUUAUGUUAGUACGAGUAGAGACCGCAAUUUGCAAUCUGGUUUACACGAUUUUUCUAGUUCUCGUGGGUGUUCAAAAACACGGAGUAAAGUAGGUUCUUCCUCAUCGUUUGAUUUGACGAAUUUGCGAUACAAAAUACUGGCUUCACAUAAUAAUAAUUGUUCAGAUACACACCUUCAGUCGCAUAUUAAUGCUGAACUCGCUCUUAGCAGUCGAAGGUCUAAGGUGCGAGAAGUCGCGACAAAGAAUACAGAGUGUCAUCUUUCAGUAAUAAGAGAUGAUUCAUACACAAGACGUGAUAAAAAAAGUGAAUCCAGUAACAAUAGAAUGAAUAAUGGUUGCAAUAAUGAUCGAUUAUCCACCAGUCAUUCUCCAAGUUGUUUUAGAAUACGAUCGAGAUCUGCCAAUUUUUCUGACUCUGAGAAACAUUUCGAGUCUCGCCAGUCGACUAAAAUUGGAACACCGCCUGUUAUGAAUAAUGUCAGUUCCCCAAAAUGCAGGCAAAGUCCAAGAGAUCCUGUUCAGAUUCGGACACCUCGUGUUAUGAAAUCUGUUUCUCUCAAUUGUGACAAUGGGCUACCGUUUCUUCUCCAAAUUAAUGAGCCAUCUGGUCGCAAUGGAGAACUUCGUUUAAAAGUUAGAUCUUUAAAUGGAGGAACAGUCUACCUUAUACAUAUAUCUGUAAAUGAUACAGUUUCUAGACUUUAUCAUAUUUUGGAUAAAAUGAUAAUAAAAACUCGUCCUAAUUGGAAAAAGUAUCACAUUGUAACCAAUGGAUAUGAAUCAAAAAGGUUGGAUCGUCUGCAAAUCACAUUGAAAGAAUACGGAAUUACUAGAGAUAGUGUCCUUCAUUUAGUCAAUGGUUGAUGUGUAUUUUAAAGUUUACGCAACAUGAAUAGAGAAGCAACUGAAUAUAAAAAGUAGUUUGAAAAAAUAUCAAUGA